AUGAAGAGGAACGGCGAGACGAAGCGGCGGAGAAACGUGGCGGAAGAGGCGGAGCCAAGAGGAGGGGGAGAAGAUCCGGCGAUGUGGGAGAAUCUAGAUAGAAAUUUCAGACAAGUGCAAUCGGUUUUGGACAGAAACAGAUCAUUGAUCCAGCAGGUCAACGACAAUCACCACUCGAGAAUGGCUGAUAACAUGUCCAAGAACGUUGCUUUGAUCCAAGAACUCAAUGGAAACAUCACUAAGGUUGUUUCCAUGUAUUCUGACCUUAACACCAAUUUCUCAUCGGCGUUUCACGGUGGAAAUAACGGACACGACGGUGGUAGUGCCGGAACCAGAGCUAAUUAA